AAGUGAGUCAGAUCAGAAUUCCAAGAGCCCUACCACCACAAGGAUCAAGUCUCCCAGGAGCCCAGGAGCCUCAAGCAAAUUUUCUUAUCCUGGUGCAGAGACCGAAGGGCAGGCUGAGAUAAAGCCACAGUCUGAGGGCUGGAAGAUGGAGAGAGCUCUUUCAAAAGAGAGAAUUGAAGUGGAGAAUGGAACAGCACAAGAUCUGACAAUCUUCCCUAAAGUUGAAAAAUUUAAUGUCCCACUGAACAGUUUGAAGAUGAUGUUCGAGAAGGGUGAUAUGAAUGCUCAGUCCAAGAGCAGACAACAUGAACUCUCUGUCAAGGCUGCCCGAGAUCGGCACCUCAAGUCUGACGUUUCCAAGAAGUGGUUAGACAGGACUGCAGAAGGCAGCUGUCUGAUUGAAGGCGUGGUGGAGAACAAAGCAAAGGACGGGAGCGCAAGUGGCUUUAAAUCAGAUGAUUUUGACCAUACCUCGCCUGGAACAAGCCCUGAUAAAACUGAAUCUAAGGUUGGUACGGAGUUGACAGACAUGCAGGAACAGUCGGCAGUGAAAGACAGAAUGGCAUUAUACCAGGCUACUGCAUCACAGAAGGAGACCAGCCUCCAAUCUCCUACAGCUUUGGAAGAACAUGUGGUACCAGGGGAAGUCAUGGACACCAAGGAGCUGUGGAACACCAGAGAGUUAUCUAAUCCAAAGAGGCUGUCACAGCCUGACAGUGACCUUGAAAUACAUGCAAGCAAUGAGAAUGAACAAAAAGAAAAUGUGCCACCAGAACCUUUGACCAAUACCACCUCCAAUGCGGAGUUGCAGAAGGGGUCUGUGAUUGAAAGCACUUCCAGUUCUUGGAAAAGUUCUAUUUCUGAAAGACAACUCGAUACCCAAGAAAAUGAAGGGAUGCCAAAGCUUUCAGCUGAUGGGAUCAAGGCACAAAGACCAACCAUGGAAAUACAAAACAUUCCAGCCAAAUCUGUUAAGAAAUUCCAACUCCCAGCUAGGGAGUUGUGUGUCACCUGCCAAAAGACGGUUUAUCCCAUGGAGCGCCUGGUCGCAAACCAACAGGUCUUUCACAAUGUCUGUUUCCGUUGUAGCCACUGUAACAUGAAACUCAGCCUUGGGAAUUUUGCCUCCCUCCAUGGGAGUGUCUACUGUAAACCACACUUCAGUCAGCUCUUCAAGUCCAAAGGUAAUUAUGAUGAGGGAUUUGGCCACAAACCCCACAAAGAGUUGUGGAUGACCAGAAACGAGAGUGACCCCAUAGAGAGCAAGAGUGAAGAUUCCUUGGAUAAACUGGAGGCCAAGGCUGAUGGCUCUGGAGUGGACGAGCUUUCUAUAGCCAAGGUGGGGGUUCUGGCUGCCAGCAUGGAGGCUUUGGCUUCUGGUCCGUCACCUGAAAAAGUGGAGAAACCUGUGGAAACACGGAGGCUAAAAAUAGCUUGGCCACCACCCACUGAAGCAGGAAUUAAAGGGACCAGCUCCACUGAAGAGGGUAUCAGAGUUAACAAACCAAAAUGGCCUCCAGAGGAUGACCAACAACAGACCACCAAGAGAAACCCAGAUUUCGUCAACGGCUCCAGACUGAGGAGAAGUGCCUCCCUGAAGGAGCGCUGGAGACCAUUUAGUGUGGCUGAGCCCCUGAAACCUGUGACUGUUAAGGAGCCGAUGAAGAAUGCCCAGCCCACCAAGAGUAGUGCAGUCCAGGAUGUGGUAGUCAGUAAAGAAAAGGAAGGUGAGGGGGAGACUGAACCAAAGAAUGAGAGGAAAGAAAGCGUGAAAGAUGAAGAGGAGCUGCCAGCACCAGCCAAGAUUGAGUGGGAGAGUGAUUUGGUGGUUGGAGAGGGGGUAGAAGUCCAAAGUGACAACUAUCCACCUGUGGAGAAAGAUCAGUUCAAAGAGAUGGCUGGGGAGACUGACCUUGGAAAGGAUGAGGAGCAGGUAUCCAGGCAUGAGUCAGGCUCGCCGCAAACCCCAGGGGACACUGUUGUCUCGAAUGAGCAAAUUCUUGAGAAUGAGAAAAAACUGGAAGACAGUUUAUCAGAGGAGGAUGAAGACGAAGUGGAAGCAAUCAAGGAACUGUCGGUUGAAGAACAAAUCAAGAGAAAUAGAUAUUAUGAAGAUGAGGAUUAGAUGCUGUGGAUAUGGUGAUUUACAUUUUAAUUGGUGACUGGCCUUGUGGGUUUUAGAAGUCAGUAUCAGCUCAGACCUUCCUGCUGUAAAGUGGUUUAUUCAAGUGUCUAUGUUGGUGGGAGCAUUAUUUUGAAAUGAAAAAUUUGGUAAAAUGAAUUCUAUUUGGAGUAAGAGGCAAGUAAUUGCCACAUUGGUAUUUUUUGUUUAAAUGUCCACUCUGAAGAAGUCUCUGCUUGGACAUGCUAUGAGUCCUAUUUCCUGUCCACUGGUUAUAGUUGCUAACCCUAAAAGGUGUAUAUUGUAAAGAUCCAAGCGUAUGAAAAGAAUGAUUAUGGAAUUGUCAGUUUAAACUGCACUCAGGUUUCAAUAUUCAGGCCUGGGUGCUGGGGCAGCAUCCGCCCAUCUGCUGGAUCGAAUCUAAUCUAGUUUCAAAACACAAUGCAACUUCCUGCAUUUCCUACCCCACAUUAUAUUUGGUUCACUCCUUUAGCACACUUCCAAAUGGUCUCCCAAUAUCUAAAAAAGAAAGGAUGUAUUGGGUUUAUCAAAAAAAAAACACCUUCAAGAACUGAAGGCAACUUAACUGUAAAUGAUAAUGGAGCAAAAACUAGCCAAGGUUGAAGGUAGCUGUUUCUUCUUAUUGUCCAGCCCCUGCCUAUAGAACAGUGAGGUUAUCAGUUUUUUACAUUUUGCUGGAUUGAAUAUGUUUGGCUAGAGAGCUGGUGUGAUCCAUCACUCAUCAUUGAGUGACAUGAGGACUGGGUUCCAAACAUUGUGUGACCAACUAGCCUUUCCAUUGUUGGCAUUUCAAAGCCGUGUAACCUGACAUUUUGAUGUUUUCGCCCUGUGUCAAAGUUGUGCAUCUAAUUCCUGUGAGAUGUAAAUGGGGACAUUGGAAUAUACACCACUUGAGCAGUAAUGUUUUGGCUGCAAACCUGACCUUAGUCUUCAGUCAAUUUGCCUUUGUUCCCCAAUUUCUUUCAUUUUAUACCUUGGUGUUAUACAUGUACAGCAUAUGUUUGAGGACAGAAUGCUGCUGAAAAUAUUGUGUUUUUUGAUUUUAGAUGGGAAGUGAAGAAUUUGAUAUGUGAUAUGGUUUGCAGUUUUAAUUUUCUGACAUUUUGGUAUACACUAAUGCUGCAAUGCUGAAUUGUGUUUUCUGGGUAUGUGUUAGAUGUGUCACUACAGCCUCCUGGCACUUGAUUUGGUUUAAGGUGAUUUUUUUUUCAAUUUCAGGUAAAGUCAGUCUUUUUAUUACAUUGCACUUGAUGUUUCUCAUUUUACUGCAGGUGAACAGUUAUCAUUGAAUAUCUUCUGGCAUCUUCUCCCUACCUUUCCAAUCUGAUAAAGGGUCUUGGCCUGAAACAUCAACUGUUUAUUCAUUUCCAUAGAUGCUGCCUGACCUACUGAGUUCCUCCAGCAUUUUGUGUGUGUUGCUGCCAAUCAUGGCAUUCUUAAUUCCAAAUAAUGCACAACUUGCAGAGGCCUCUUCCCCUUCCUCCAUUGUAAGGAUGUUGGUGGUAAGAGUGGGGGAAUACUUGUUCUGAGUGUCCACAUUGAGAUAGUCAGAUGAUAAAUCCACUGACUCCACCAUGUUAAGCCCAAAUGUCCCCGUUUACUAUGCUUCUCUAAAUCUUGAUGCUGGCUAUCUGUGGGGUUGGUGUUAAAUUGGAACCUGCUGUGUGUUCUGACUCUAGACCCCUCUCUCUGGUAACGGAGUCCACACAAACUACUUCUCUGGUAGACUCCAGGUGGGGGAUGACUUCUGUGCCAUUCAUCCAAGCAGGAACUCCUCCCACACAAUCCCAAAAACAUAAGGUAGCUAGCUUAGUUCUUGCCCAUUGAAACUGGAAGUGGCUGAAGAAACAUCCAAAAUGACCUUUGGAGUAAAAGGACUGACGACCACUAUUGACUUUCUUUUAAAAUUGUUUUUACAGUUGUGUAUUGUCUGUGACAUGAUUUCUUUGUUUAGCAUGUAAUAAAAAAAACUCCGGUAUAAUAUUUUUUGUACUUGAAUAUCUUUUCAU